AUGGUAAAUUUUCACGAAAUCUUGAAAUCAUUUUACUCUCUAGGUUGCAAAGAUGGGGCGCUUUGCUAUGCGGGGUAUCGUGUUUACUGUUAUCUCAAGGCAGAAAAGCGCAUGACAAACAUACAGUAUCGGUAUGACAGUGAGCUACAGCUGCUCUACCUAAUCGCGAAGAAAGAACCGGAUUCAGCGUUCGACCUGUUCAUUCCGUCGCUAACGACCGGCCAAUUGAACGUUGGCCAGUUCAAAACAUACAGAGAAGCAGUCACCUUGCCGGAUGGUGGGAAGCCAGAAAGCAUCAUAUUGGCGAUAUGCGAUCCAAGUUCUACCGUGCUACUGUAUAGGAUGACGACUGGCUUGAAGGAAAUCGGCCAGAAGCUUCCGUCAAAGGGCAAAUUGCUUAGGUUGAAUGUUAAAUCCGGCUGUGAUAAAGAAUUUCACUGA